AUGCAAGAUUUCAGACAAGUGCCGAUAUUUCUAACUAUAAACAACACAUUACAUUACUUAGAUAGGUUAAAACGAAGUAUAUUGCUAUACGCAUUAUUUUUAACUCAAAUAUUAGCACAGAAAACAAAAACAACAGAUGACAAUCUACAGACAGUACCAAGUGACCUCAGAAGAGCUGUUAGUGAAGCACUAGCUUUAGAGAGGAGGUUUUUAUUAGGAAGUAACGACGCGAAGAACUGUUCAUACGACGAGAUCAGCAAUACACCAUGUCCACCCAGCAAGUAUCGUAGUGCGAGUGGCGAGUGCAACAACGUCCGUCACAGACCAUGGGGAAGGCGAGGCGACGUGUUCCUUAGAUUAUUACAACCACACUACGCUGAUGGAGUAUCACAACCAUAUGCCAGUCCGAAGCUGCCGGAGCCAAGGCUAGCUGUUCAAGCUGUAUCGCAGUUGGCUGAAUCAGCCGGUCACGAUUACGUAACCAGCUUAUUGGCUGCCUGGGGACAGUUCCUAAUGGAUGACCUGAUUGCUACCUCUAAUGAAAACCAAAAGUGUGAAUCUGGUUGCGAAUACGUUCGCUCGGCGCCUUCAAGAAAUUACGAUUCCUGUGGAUUUGAAUACCGUGAUCAGAUGAAUCUAGCGACAUCGGUACUAGAUGGCUCUGCCUUCUAUGGAAAUUCUGAAAAAGAGCUGUUGUCUCUCAGACUAUACGAUGCUGGCAAAAUGGAUAUAUCCUCGUGCCGAAAAUGCAACGAGAAUUCACCAACCGCACCACUUUAUAAGGCUCUCUUAACUGAACACAAUCGUAUUGCUGGCGAACUAUUUGCGAUGAAUCCCUUCUGGGAAGAUAAUGCACUAUUCUUAGAAGCGAGACGAACAAUAGCAGCAGUUAUUCAACAUAUAACCUACAAUGAGUUUUUGCCUGUUCUUUUGGGUGAAGUUGGAAUGGCAAAAGCAGAUUUAAAACUAACCACCCACGGUUUCUGGCGUGGAUAUUCAAGUGCAAAUCGUGUCGGUGCUUAUGCGGAGCUUGUGGCGGUCGCACCAAUUUUUAACGCCAUGAUGAAUGAGAAACUUAUUAACACAACAGUGCGUCUAAAAGACUUGGUCAAGACUAGUGCUCAUCAAAUCUCAAGAUUCUCCUUAUCAGCUCAAUGGGAUCUUAAUAGAGCUCGUGAUCAUGGUGUUCCUUCGUAUCUAAAAGUCUUGCAGCUCUGUGAUCCCAUGGCGAAUGUUAAAUCAUACGCUGACUUUGAAAAAUUAGGAUUUGACAGAAGACAUCAAGAAAUAUUCGCUGAUAUGUAUAGAAACGCUGAAGAUAUUGAACUGAUGGUAGCUGGAGCCAUGGAGAAACCAGCCACUGGAGCAGUUAUUGGAUCAACUUUAGCAUGUGUGUUAGCACUUCAAUUUGGAAACCUUAAGAAAAGUGAUAGGUUUUGGUAUGAAAAUGACAUUCCUCCAUCAUCAUUUUCAACCGAGCAGUUAGCAGCAAUCAGAAAAGUGUCUAUUGCUGGACUUUUAUGUUCUGCCGAUGAAGGACUGGAUAAUGUGCAACCUAGAGCUUUCGUAAAGGAAGAUACAUUUUUAAAUGCAGUCCAACAAUGCUCUCAACACCCUCGGCUGGAGCUUUCUUCGUGGCGCGAUGAAAGUGGUGCCCGGGCUGCAGAGCGCCUCUCACAAGACAUGCUGGCAGCUGCCCUUCAGAAGGCGAAGCAAGAGAUGGCUGACCGCAAGAAACUUGAGUACAUGUUAUGGGAAGCACGUGGAGGAGCUGACCCAAAGUCUCCUGUCGGCACAGCUGCAUCUUUCUCAAAAGCAAAUAAAUAUGCCCUUAAGUUGGCAAACACCUCCUUAUUCUUCGAAUUCGCUACUAACGAACUCGUUAACUCUCUUAAUGGACGAAGACGCAAACGUCAGAUUUUCGAUGACUCCCUGGGCUUUGGUUCAACUGAUUUUGUGGAAUCUCUUCAAUCAGUAGACGUUAGUGGUUUUCUAGGACAGGACCAACUUGGGCCGGUUAUUGAACCACAGUGCGAUGACAAUGGAAACUGCGAUCCUGAUAGUCCUUUCAGAAGCUACACUGGCCACUGUAAUAAUUUGAGAAAUCCUAAUUUGGGAAAAAGUUUGACAACCUUUGCGAGACUGUUACCUCCUGUUUAUGAAGACGGUGUAAGCCGGCCCCGCAUCAACUCAGUAACAGGCACCCCGCUACCUUCCCCCCGCAUAGUUUCUACGGUCAUACAUCCCGAUAUAUCAAAUCUUCACACGCGUUAUACUCUCAUGGUGAUGCAGUUCGCCCAAUUCCUGGACCAUGAACUGACAAUGACUCCCAUUCACAAAGGCUUCCACGAAUCCAUCCCGGACUGCAGAUCUUGCGACUCUCCCCGUACAGUGCAUCCAGAGUGCAACCCGUUCCCAGUACCCCGCGGUGACCAUUACUAUCCUGAAGUUAACAUUACUUCAGGAGAACGCUUAUGUUUCCCAUUCAUGAGGAGUUUACCUGGACAGCAGCAAUUAGGACCACGUGAACAAGUGAAUCAAAAUACAGCUUUCAUUGAUGGAUCGGCAAUUUAUGGAGAAAACCCCUGCAUUGUUCGUAAACUUCGAGGUUUCAAUGGCAGGCUUAACGCUACUGCGAACCCGAUUAAUGGAAGAGAUUUGUUGCCUAGAACAGAUAACCAUCCUGAAUGCAAGGCAGCCAGCGGUUUUUGUUUUAUUGCCGGUGACGGUCGAGCUUCAGAACAGCCUGGACUCACUGCUUUACAUACAAUCUUCAUGCGCGAACACAACCGCAUAGUAGAAGGACUUCGUGGUGUCAACCCGCAUUGGGACGCCGAAUUAUUAUUCGAACAUACUAGGCGUAUAGUUGCUGCCUCUUUCACACAUAUCAUUUAUAAUGAAUUUUUGCCUAGACUUCUGUCGUGGAACGCUGUUAACUUGUAUGGACUCAAAUUAUUACCUUCAGGUUACUAUAAGGAAUACUCACCAACCUGCAACCCGUCUAUUGUAACGGAAUUCGCAGCAGCAGCCUUCAGAUUUGGUCACUCCUUGUUGAGACCUCACUUGCCGAGACUCUCACCUUCCUAUCAACCAGUUGAUCCACCAAUAUUGUUGAGAGAUGGAUUUUUCAGGCCUGACAUGUUCAUGAAUCAUCCACCAAUGGUUGACGAACUUAUUCGUGGUUUAUCUUCCACACCGAUGGAGACCCUUGACCAAUUCAUAACAGGAGAAGUUACCAACCAUCUAUUCGAAGACCGUAGAAUUCCGUUUUCGGGUAUAGACUUAGUAGCUCUUAAUAUCCAAAGAGGUAGAGAUCACGGUAUACCAAGCUACAACAACUAUAGAGCUUUGUGUAACUUAAAAAGGGCUGCGACUUUCGAAGAUUUGGCCAGAGAAAUUCCCGAUGAAGUAAUUGCAAGAUUUAAGCGUAUAUACGCUACAGUAGACGACAUCGAUCUAUUCCCUGGUGGUAUGAGCGAACGACCACUACAAGGCGGUCUAGUUGGACCCACCUUCGCCUGCAUCAUCGCUAUACAGUUCAGGCAGUUAAGAAAAUGCGAUCGAUUCUGGUAUGAGAACGACAACAGAGCGGCACGCUUUACCGAACAACAAUUAUCGGAAAUUCGCAAAGUAACAUUGUCCAAGGUGCUAUGUGACAACUUCGAUUUGCCAAGCGACAUUCAACGCGCCUCUUUCGAUCUACCUAGCAACUUUUUGAAUCCUCGCGUGCCAUGCGCGUCUCUUCCAAAACUGGAUCUUUCUGCAUGGCGUGAGAGUUCAGCGCAGGGCUGUCUCAUCGCGGGUCGCUCGGUGCGACUUGGUGACUCCGCCUUCCCUUCGCCCUGUACAUCAUGUAUAUGCACCGUUGACGGGGCGCAAUGCGCAUCCCUACGGAUCACGGACUGUGCACAGCUAUGGCGUGAAUGGCCACGAGAAGCUGUGCUAAGGGAUGAUGUGUGCACAGCACAGUGUGGCGCCGCCCCCGCUGCCCAGAGAGCGCCGAGGAGACCACACGCUCACUUCAAGUUCCCCGAUCUUACACCGUUCAUCGCUAAAUAG